UUAAACCUAGACUCCGGUCCGGCUCACGGGACUGGAGGGCCCAGCCCUACUAUCCCCCUUUGGGAAAUCUAUUAGGUCACCUGUCACGAAUGUUUGGAUGUCGAUGAUAUCAGGAUACAUAUGCCAAACUCCUCGAUGACCUAAAAGAAACAAAAAGGGUUGGCUCUAGUGUUCUCGUCUCCAGGGUUUCGUUUGUGGCCGUUAAAGUACGUCGGGUUCACCCGGCCGUUACAAGUUCACGGAGCGCUUUUGGAUGACACAUACAACCUGAUCAUCGUCGAUGAUGACCACGGUUCCAAUCAUAAAUGCUUAAGGAACUCGGAAUUUGUAUACAUUAGCUUUCCUCUGUUGGACAUCUACCAUGGCUGCCAACUAUUGGGCAUCGACUCAACGUCGACAUUGGCUGUUUACGAAAGAGAGGUUGGCGGACAUUCGGGAGUCCUUUAGGGAGAGUGAUAAGGCCGCGCAUUCGCAGUUUCCUUUGCCGGAUCACAGGUUGCUCAAUAUCUACUUUAGCCAACAACUCAAUAAACUCGGAAAGAGGAUGUCAACUAGACAGCAAGCGCUUGCUACGGCCCAGGUAUACAUCAAAAGGUUUUAUACCAAGAACGAGAUAAGGCACACCAAUCCAUAUCUGGUUUUCACCACAGCUUUUUAUCUCGCCUGUAAGAUGGAGGAAUGUCCUCAGCAUAUCCGAUUUGUGGUCGCUGAAGCCCGAAAUUUCUGGCCGGAGUUCAUUGCCCCAGACGUGUCAAAGUUGGGCGAAUGCGAGUUUGCUUUGAUAUCCGAAAUGCAUUCCCAGCUGAUCGUCCAUCAUCCAUAUCGGACUCUGUCCGAGCUUCAACCUGAGCUGUCUCUCACAUCAGAUGAGGUAGCUCUGGCGUGGUCAGUGAUUAACGACCAUUAUCUGACCGAUUUACCUUUACUAUACCCGCCUCACGUGAUUGCAGUCAUGGCUAUCAUUGUUGCCGUCGUCUUUAAACCAAGUCAGACGAGUUUUCAUGGAACUGCAGCUCCAUUAGCCGGAGCGAUGCGGGACGGUGGGAUGAAUAUUCUUGCCGCUUUAGGCGAUAAGAAUGGCGCUGGUCCGCCUCCCCGAAUCCAAAAACUCGUCGGCUGGCUUGCCGAGAGUGAGGUUGAUAUCCGGGCCGUUAUUGAAUGCACCCAAGAGCUGGUAUCUCUAUAUGAGAUUUGGGAAAACUAUAGCGAAAAGCAUUGCAAGGAGCUACUCGGCCGAAUGGUGAAGAGCAAGAAUCUGGAAAAGUGAGAGUACCUAGCGGAUUCAUUAUGACUUGCGUUUCUAGUGGACCACGGCGUUUGGCUUUUUCUUUGCAUUUCGGGAGUUUGGUUAGCAUGACAUACGAAAUAUGAACAGCGUUCCUGUGAUAUCGGAGGUUAUAUAUUCAUCAAGUAGCCUCUGGUCCAUGUCAAUACUGUAAGUUAAUAAGCCCGCUUGAGUUUCUAGACUUAGGCUAUCAAUAACGGUGAAUCAUAUCUUACCCAACUUUUUUAUUUCCCUCUUC